GUGACGAAAGCGCGUCUAGCUACGCUCCUCGGUGGCUUGGCAGUGCGCGCCCCGUUUCUUAGUUCCUCGCUGUCGCCAUGGCGGACGGCGAGCGUUCACCAUUACUCUCCGAUCUCGGCGAUGGAGCUGCCGGAAGCGGAAUUGGCGGCAUUUCUCCUGCAAGUCCGUUUUCGCAACCUAACAAACCGCAGAGUUUCCCACCAUUUCCAAGCACAUCUCAGCCCUCUGUGCUUUUGGGUGAGGAUCCUCCACCUUACUCACCCCUGACAUCACCUGAAAGUGGCAGUGCCCCUGUGAUCAGCUGCCGCGUGUGUCAGUCUCUUAUCAGUGUUGAGGGCAAGAUCCACCAGCACGUAGUCAAGUGUGGUGUGUGCAACGAAGCGACACCCAUAAAGAAUGCUCCAGCUGGGAAGAAAUAUGUGCGCUGUCCCUGUAACUGUCUGCUCAUCUGCAAGGUCACAUCUCAGCGCAUCGCUUGUCCACGUCCUUACUGUAAGAGGAUCAUUAAUUUGGGUCCAGUACACCCCGGGCCAGCUAGUCCAGACCCUCAGCCUACUGGGGCCCGAGUGUCAUGUGGCCACUGUAGCAACACCUUCUUGUGGACAGAGUUUACUGACAGGACACUGGCCCGAUGUCCCCACUGCAGAAAAGUUUCCUCAAUUGGCCAGACAUACCCGAGGAGGCGGAGUCUAUGGUGUUUCCUCCUCUGCUUGCUGUUCAGCAUCUUGGCUGCUGGACUGAUUGCAGGAACCUGGUCUAAGGCGCAAGUGUAUGGAGGGAUCUAUGCUGCUUGGGUGGUCAUGCUCCUACUGGUUAUGGUGACUCUGGCCAGAGCACUCUACUGGACCUGCCUACGGGUCAGCCAACCCCUGCAGAGCUUCCCAUAGAUAGAUAGAUAGAUAGAUAGAGAGAGAGAGAGAGAGAGAGAGAGAGAGAGAGAGAGAGAGAGAGAGAGAGAGAGGGAGAGGGGGUGAACAGGGAGACCGAGAGUAGGGACAGAGUCAGACUGGUGGUAAAUGUAGUAAAUUCUGGGAAAACUGCAAGGUAUGACAGAAAGCAUCAUGCCAUGUAAAAGAAUGUCUGAGAUGGAUGGAUGUCUGGAUUGAAGGAUUGGGCUGAAAAUAGUUAUUUGUUUUUAAGUUAAUAUUUAUUUAGCUGAACAUUGGAUCCAGUGGUUUUACGGAUGACUGUGUGCAAACCUACUGACACCAUCCAGACACCAAAUUCCAGUGGCCCUGAAUAUUUUAAUCUUGCACAUAACACAUACUCAUAUCGAAGACUCUAACACUGUGUCAUUGAUGUUGGUAGGAGUCUAGCAGAUUAUUUGGCACAGUUGAGACACUAUCUGACCGACACAUACCCUCAUGCGUAUACUCCAUGGACUGUGUUUGAAGGUAUAACUGGAAAUUUGCCUCAACAUGAGAGCACCAGAGGUGUCGACUAGAGUUUAGUCUUGACUGAUUAGUUGUGUUUUUACGUAAUGUACAGUCAUAAAUGUUAGAAUCAGUGCAUUUGUGAAUGUCUAUCAGUGCCUCUGCAGUCCUAACAGCAUGAGGCUUUAGAGAGCGAGCGAGAUGGAGACAGAGAGAGACUGCUGUGUCCUUCACAGAGGGGCUCUGCUUCAACACACCCAUCCACACAUACCUCCAUUCUCAGUCCAUAUGACCUUAUAAUCACAUACUUCUAAUCUGUGAUUAAACAUGGGUAUAAUUAUAUCUUGUGAUAUUAAAUUAGUUAGCAUUAAUCCAAAAAUUGCCAUAUCUUAUGACAUUUUAGGACCUAAUAACUACCAUAAUUGAGAUUGAGAAUUCAGGGCAAAAGUCCCACAGUGCUUGUUAAUUUGUAUUCACAUGCUUUCCAGACAUGGUACAAAAAUUCAGUCACCAAUGUUUUAUGUGCUUUCACUUCAGGUCUAUGUGAAACAAUUAACAGCAUAAUAUAGUCAGUAAGCAUGAUUGUUAUACUGCUAAUAAAUUUCAUAUAAGAAUUGCACACAUGCACAUACAGAAUCUUGUCACCAACAUACUAAAUUCUAUAAGUUCAUGCAAUUUUAGUAAUGCUUUCACACAGUACAAAACCUCCACAUGCUUAAAAAAAAUCCCAUUUUAUGAUUGACAUUUACACACCUGGAUGAAUAGUUUUACAUUCCCAGUUUGUCUUUUCUGUACACACAAGUAUUUUUUUUUUGUUAUUCUUUUUUUUUCUUAAUUUAUUAAUAUUUAUUAUUUUAAUGACCAUGCCAUUGCACUAAGAGGAAAUCACAUUUCCUUGAAAACACUACAGCAUUUUUUAUGUUGGUGUUCAUGUACUAACCAUGUGAAUAAUUAUUGUAAUCUAUACAACCCUGACUUGGACUACAAUGCUUAAAGCAUUCUCUUAUUAUUUAUGAUCUGAAGGAUGGUGUUGAAGUCUAUAUUACAUGACAUUUGUAGUGUCAUUAACUUGAAUAUGAUACAGCUGUUGUUAUAUGAAAUGUGCUAAUCACUUGUAUGUUUUUGUUAAAGCUCAGUUUAGGAUUUAGGCACCUCUUCUUAAUUUUUUUUAAUUUAAAAACCCUUGCAGAAUGUUUUGCUGUUCCUUAAUUUCCCCUUGUUUUAGUGUACCAUGAGUGCCUAAAUAUGGAGAGUACUUUAUGUAGGUAGGCCACAUUUUUCCCCUCAAUGUUUUUUACUCUUAAAUCUAGCAGGUUUCAGGAUCUCUAUAGCGUCAGUCCAUCUCAAAUGGUCCAAUAAUUGCAAGGGUGGCUGCUUGAGCAUUUUUAACUUUAAAAAAAAAGGGGGGGGUUUCCUUUUUAUUUUUUUUUUAAAAAGUUUUUAAAAAAAUAAAAUAAAAUAAUUUUUUACUUGGUUUAACUAUAACCGCCAUCUUUGUAUCAUAGCACACAACAAAUUUUGGUUUUACAGCUGUUUAUGGAAACCUCAGUAUCUCAGCUCAGCAUGGGCCUAGCUCCUUGGAACAAAAAAUUAUCUCUAGUGCACAUUACAAGGUACAUGUGUGUGUAUACAGUAUCUCACAAAAGUGAGUACACCCCUCACAUUUUUGUAAAUAUUUGAUUAUAUCUUUUAAUGUGACAACACUGAAGAAAUGACACUUUGCUACAAUGUAAAGUAGGGAGUGUACAGGUUGUGGAACAGCGUAAAUUUGCUGUCCCCUCAAAAUAACUCAACACACAGCCAUUAAUGUCUAAACCGCUGGCAACAAAAGUGAGUACACCCCUAAGUGAAAAUGUCCAAAUUGGGCACAAAGUGUCAAUAUUUUGUGUGGCCACCAUUAUUUUCCAGUACUGCCUUAACCCUCUUGGGCAUGGAGUUCACCAGCACUUCACAGGAUGCCACUGGAUUCCUCUUCCACUCCUCCAUGACUACAUCACCGAGCUGGUGGAUGUUAGAGACCUUGUGCUCCUUCACCUUCCGUUUGAGGAUGCCCCACAGAUGCUCAAUAGGGUUUAGUCCAUCACCUUCACCCUCAGCUUCUUUAGAAAGGCAAUGGUCGUCUUGGAGGUGUGUUUGGGGUCGUUAUCAUGCUGUAAUACUGCCCUGUGGCCCAGUCUCUGAAGGGAGGGGAUCAUGCUCUGCUUCAGUAUGUCACAGUACAUGUUGGCAUUCAUGGUCCCCUCAAUGAACUGUAGCUCCCCAGUGCCGGCAGCACUCAUGCAGCCCCAGACCAUGACACUACCACCAUGCUUGACUGUAGGCAAGACACACUUGUCUUUGUACUCCUCACCUGGUUGCCGCCAUACACACUUGACACCAUCUGAACCAAAUACGUUUAUCUUGGUCUCAUCAGACCACAGGACAUGGUUCCAGUAAUCCAUGUCCUUAGACUGCUUGUCUUCAGUAAGCUGUUUGCGGGCUUUCUUGUGCAUCAUCUUUAGAAGAGGCUUCCUUCUGGGAAGACAGCCAUGCAGACCAGUUUGAUGCAGUGUGCGGCGUAUGGUCUGAGCACUGACAGGCUGACCCCCCCACCCCUUCAACCUCUGCAGCAAUGCUGACAGCACUCAUAUGUCUAUUUCCCAAAGACAAGCUCUGGAUAUGACUCUGAGCACGUGCAUUCAACUUCUUUGGUCGACCAUGGCAAGGCCUGUUCUGAGUGGAACCUGUCCUGUUAAACCGCUGUAUGGUCUUGGCCACCGUGCUGCAGCUCAGUGCCAGGGUCUUGGCAGUCUUCUUAGCCUAGGCCAUCUUUAUGUAGAGCAACAAUUCUUUUUUCAGAUUCUCAGAGUGUUCUUUGCCAUGAGGUGCCAUGUUGAACUUCCAGUGACCAGUAUGAGGGAAUGUGAGAACAAUGACACCAAAUUUAACCCACCUGCUCCCCAUUCACACCUGAGGCCUUGUAACACUAGCAAGUCACAUGACACCGUGGAGAGAAAAUGGUUAAUUGGGCCCAAUUUGGACAUUUUCACUUAGGGGUGUACUCACUUUUGUUGCCAACGGUUUAGACAUUAAUGGUUGUGCGUUGAGUUAUUUUGAGGGGACAAAAAAAUUUAUACUGUUAUACAAGCUGUAAACUCACUACUUUACAUUGUAGCAAAGUGUCAU